AGCUCGGUGUAAAGCUGGUUGGUUGGCACGGGCUGGUUGGUUGGUCGGUUCAUGGUAGCCAUGGCUCGAUUUGCUGCGCUACUGCUGCUACCGGUUCUCAUCGAAUCCGUCGUUUCAAUUUCUUUCUUUUUACCGGUCAACUCUAGAAAAUGCUUACGAGAGGAGAUCCAUAAAGACGUCCUGGUUACGGGGGAGUAUGAAAUCGGCGAGCAGACGAACACCAAAACUAACCUGAAGAUCACUGACUCUUCCAGCCACACUCUUUACUCGAAGGAAGAUGCAACAAAAGGAAAGUUUGCCUUCACCACAGAGGACUAUGACAUGUUUGAGGUUUGCUUUGAAAGCAAAUCACCCAUGGGAACAGGGAGAGUGCCUGACCAGCUGGUCAAUCUGGACAUGAAGCAUGGUGUCGAGGCCAAAAACUACGAAGAGAUUGCAAAGGUGGAAAAACUGAAGCCUCUGGAGGUUGAGCUCAGGCGACUGGAAGAUCUGUCUGAGUCCAUCGUCAAUGACUUUGCUUACAUGAAGAAGAGAGAAGAGGAAAUGCGGGAUACCAACGAGUCUACAAACACACGCGUACUGUACUUCAGUAUAUUCUCCAUGUGUUGUCUCAUCGGCCUGGCCACGUGGCAGGUCUUCUACCUGCGGCGCUUCUUCAAGGCAAAGAAGCUGAUCGAGUAGAUCGACUCAUCCGGCUUCUUCCCUUGAGGGACGCUGCCUCCCAGUCAGCAAACACAUCCCAGCAUCCACCCUCCUUGGACUAGCUUCAACAAAACAAGCUGGGUUUAAGGGGCUCAACAUCUAGUUUUCAAAGCUCUGAGAGUAUCCAUGUUUCCAGGAAAAUAAGAUUUACCUGCUUGUUUAGUAGUUGGAAACAUGAAAACCCUGUAGGGAGAAAUGCUUUGUCAAACAUGGGAGAGAGAGAUUUCUUUCUACACUGUUUUGAAUGUUACAGCUUACUGAAUAAGAUGGGGUUAUUUUUUUUCAAUCAACCCUUUGAAAAGUUGGUUUCUUUAUUUCUGAGCUCCGUUUGAGUGGAUGUGCCACAAGUGAAUGUCUGUCCUUCUGUUAUUGUACACAUUAUUUACAAGACCACAUAAACUAAACAUCUUUUUAUUAAGUGAAGGCUUUAAGAAACAUGGUGUGUUGUUCCUUUAAGACAAUUGGUACCACUGAACUUCUGUGUUGUCACUUAUAUGUUCAGUAGCUAAAUUUAACUGUCUUUAGUUUGUUUUCAUAUUGUAAUUGCCACCUAGUUGCUUCUACUGGUAUCUUUUUAUUUUGCAGGGCGGAGUUGAGUUUUCAGAUUAAUGUUCUCAAUUAUAAAUUCUCUUUAAAUUUUCUCAUGUUCAGGUGUUCUUUUGUUUUUGAACAUCCAUUAAAAGUAUCGAGGAACUAAUAUUCUUACAUUCAAGCAAUUCCUCUUUCCCCUCUUCAAUGUAUUUAUGCAAUCUUUCUUGUCGAAAUGCAGUCGUUUUCGACUGUGACAAGAAUUGAACAAUUAUCCAAACGUGCACCCUUUUGCUUUAAACAGGCAACUCCAAGUUACAGCAUAUCACCUCCCAGUACCAGAACCUGCUGAUCCAUCCAGUGUUCCUAUUUUCAUUCAAAUGUUUGAGGCCGGGGUCAUGUGAAUAUGGGUGGUUUCAGAUAUUAGUGUUUGUUUUUUUUUGGUUUUUCUUUUGACAGAAAAUGUUGAGGGCUGUCCUGGUACAUUUUUAACAAUGAACAUGCGCAUGGAGCGCAGUCAAUUUUUAUGUUGACUGGUAAAUUUUGUAAAUUUGUGUUGGGCUUUUAUUCAAUAAAAUAUUGGAUGGAUUUACAUGA